AUGCUUCCUUCGCGAGCGCAAGCUCCGCACCGCAUCAUCCUUUAUGAUAGCCGAACCCUCAAACCAACCACCUCGCGAAGAUCCGAGCCAGUAUUGUACGACGAGACCGACGGACUCGAUACAACUGGAUACAUCGCCACGACGCUGGGAGAAGCACCGCCAUUUCCGCAAGCAAACGCCGAACCCCCAUGGAAAGCCGACUUAAGGUCCAGCCUUAACACCAAGAAACUCUCCAAUCUGUUCAAGAUAAAGCAGCUCGAGGACGAACCACUGCGGAGCUUCCUCGACAGAUUCAAAAACGCCUCCUCGACCUUGACGAGACCCCGGGCGAGCCCCCAAUCGCAGAAACAACGCUCAUCCAAGCCAUCCAAUGUGGGCUUUGGUAUCGAUCUAAGUUUCGUGAAGACUUCUACAUUCGAUCCUUCCGAACACUGA